AUGUCUCUGUUUCUUUGCUGGAAUCAUUACGCCCUCUGGGUAUAUUUGCUCGUGAUAUCAGAGCGGGGCGUGGUGGUGGCAUCUUUGCCAGUUAUUCUGUGGAUAUACGAGGAGACUCAGAUACUAUGCGUGAUAUUACGUCUUCCGUCAUAUAUUCGACGAUACCAUCUCAUUAUGGACCAUUGUGCGCCCCAAGAAGACUUUUCUACUUGUAUACUUGGACCAACAUAA